GUAUAUAUAUGUAUAACAUGUAUCGAACAGAAAAAAGAACGAACGCGUUUAUAUCUCUUCUUUCCCCUGUGACCCCCGAAAGCUAACUUUUGUUCUUCGUACAAUAUAUAAGAUAUUCCCCAUGUUUGCUAAUGCGCAAGCUAAUAAGAGUGGGAAUAACAAGCGUUGGAUAAUAUGGAUGAAAAGUAAUUUGUAUUACUAACUUCUUCAAUUUAGAGGUUAUGUAUUAAUUCAAUUAUUGUUGAUAAAUGAAAAUUGAAUGAAAAGAUUAAUAAUAAAUUAACAUGUUUUGUGGAAUUUUAUAAAUAUUUAAUACAUGUUAAAAAUAAUUGAUAUUAAUAUAUAAACUUUAUCUUUGAAUGUUAUUGACAAACUAUGUGAAACAUGUUUCUCCAGUAUAUAUUGUCAGUGAUAUAUUGGUAUUUUCGACCAUUUAUCAAAUGGUUUUUAAGACAAACGACACAAAUGUGUGAGCUUCAAAGAAUUUGUUAUGGACAACCUUCUGGAGCUCCUAGAACGCUUGCGGUUGAAGAAUCUCUACAUCAAUCAAAGAAUGCUAAUAUCAAGAGUUUGAUAACUUAUUUAAAUGACAUUGCUAAUCAGCGUGGUAUAACUAUUAAAAGUGAACGUGAAAUUUUAGAAGAGGCAAUUAGAACAGUAUUGGUAGCGAAAAAUGUUAACCCAACAGCGCAUCCUGAUUUUGCCAAAUCAUUUGGCAAAUGCAUCGAAUUAAUUUGGGGUUAUCGUCAAUUAUGCGUGGAAUGUGAAGAACUUCGAAAAACGCCUUACGACGCUGAUAAUCCAGCACAUGAAUUAUUGUUAUUAAAAUUAUGGAAUCUACUUAUGCCUUAUGAUUCUUUGGAUGCUAGAGUAACUAAACAAUGGCAGAAUAUUGGUUUUCAGGGAGAUGAUCCUAAAACAGACUUUCGUGGAAUGGGAAUAUUGGGAUUAGAGAAUCUCGUAUAUUUUGCUCAAGAAUAUCCUAGUGCAGCAACUCAUGUUUUAUCUCAUUCUACUCAUCCACAUUAUGGUUAUGCAUUUGCUAUUGUAGGUAUAAAUCUUACCAGUAUGGCAUUAAAAUUAUUGAAAGAUGGUACUGCUAAAACACAUAUCUAUAAUUCAUCAAAGACAUUACCAACUAUGCGUGCUUUUCAUCAGUUUUAUUGUUAUCUCUUCUACGAGUUCGAUGGAUUUUGGAUUGAAUCUAAACCGAGCAAUAUGAUGGAAUUUUCCUCUAUACAGGAAAAAUUUGAAAACAGCAUUAGAAUGGCGUUAGCUAAUUCAUCGGCUACAUUAAGGAUAAAUGUAUCGGUUGAUAAUAUUUAGCACAAAUCUUAAAAGCUACGCUUCAUGUUUAUAGAUAUUUGAAAAAUAACUAUGUUAUCAAUGAUAGUAUGCACAAGCCAUUCCUUAUUGUUACGUAUACAAGACAAUACAUUCAAACCUUUGAUAAUUAAGAUUACAUUAACCUGUUUAUGGUUGCUGCUGUAACUUAUUUUAAGGAAGAGAAUGAUUUUACAAAAUACAAUGUACAAAUACUUCAAUGUAACCUGUAAUUGACUAAAUUUAAAGAAAAUAAUUUUUACACUAA